AUGACAAUGAUAUCCUCGACGCGUGUCUUAGCGACUGCUCUUAGAUCCCAUCCGCGAAGAGCUGUUUCCCGCGUGAAGGCGAAGGUUCCGACAGCUCAAUCCAUUCGUUACUGGAGCACCUCUCCGAAUUUACCCUUUGGAUCGUCACACCGUCCCUUGCAGUCGUUGAAUGUUUCUGCGCAGGAGACCCGACAAAUACCGCAGAAAUGCAACCCGUGUGGUAAUUAUAAGGGAUAUACCACAGCAUCCCCAAGUCGAACGCGUAGAUUUGUCGGAUUCAUAGGGAAAAUCGCGUUAGUCGGUGGUGUCGUAUUGUCUGUUGUGUUUGCUGCAGAGCUUUGGUCCGUCCUGCACCCGCCUCGACUAAGUAAAUGGCCGAAACAGCUCCAGAAACCUUUAGGGAUUGCUACGAUUUUAAUUGAGACCCAGACGAAGGAAGAUUUAGUAGAUCACCUUGCGGAAGCUUGGAAUAUCAUUCUAAACAUCCCUCGGGAGGAUCUCAAACCAGAUCCUCAUGUCAAGAUACUCAGUGUUGCAAUCUUGUACGCCGACGCACUGGAAAAGGAUAACCAGGCUGUCAAAGCGUACAAGAUUCUGAACGAUGCUUUGAAUAUUCUCAAAGAGUGCGCUCAGCAGGGCGAUUCAUCCGGAAACUCAGUACACGCGCCCAUUGACCCUAGUGUUGUUACAGAGAGGCGCUUACUCAUUUCCAUCUUACUAAAAUUGACAAGCUUGUCGGAAAGCUGUCAGAUAGGUUCAGAAGGGAAAUGGUUAGCACAAGCAAUCCGCGAGACUUUCGCAUUGUUUCCGUUCUGUGAAACAAUUCACAAAAAUGCUUUUAUUGAAGUGGCCGCGGACUUCGAGACUCUUUCGAAGUACGAACCGUCGUUCUCCGGCCUUGCAUCUGAAGUUGACCGGCAAUACAAAAUACUGCCAGAUCAACCUUUGGAAUCAAAUUCAGCUGAGCGUAACUCCGAUACUGGACCUGAUAUUUCGGAAGACGAAAUUAUUAGUCAAAAUGACGGCCUGGCUGUACCACUACCGAGAAGGUGGGCCCUCAUGGAUGUGUCAUCGGCUAUCUCUAGCACGUUCGAGCAUACAGGUCGGUAUGCUGAGAAACACGGAGAAAACCAAAUCGCACUAUACACAUACAACGCGGCUGCUGCAGUAAUUCUCGCUAUGCUUCCCAAAGCAGACAUGGAACAUUCUACGUUAUCAUUUUGGGAAGGGCUCAUCCGAGCCCUUCGGCUCGCGAAUAAUAGAACAGACAUCGUUCUGCGUCGGCUGGAGGCAGAGACACAUCCCACGGAAUGGCUCUACUUACUUCUCGAGAUGACCAAGGAAAACAUAGCUGCAGAAAAGUUCCUGAGUAGAACAAUCGAGAUUAUAAACGAGAAAGGCGGCACCGCGGAAUGGCAGCCACUAAUAAAGCAAAUUUUUGAACAAAUACUGGAGCAUACGGUCGAUGGUGCCACUUGUUUAAGGUAUAAGGCUAUUCGAAUGCAGAAACUUGGUCUAUUGCAAGAAGCCAUGGCAUGUCUGCAGAUGUCCUUAUUACUAUUAAAGCAGGCCGAACCACUCGAGGAUCAGAAGAAACAGGCUGGAGAGUUGAAGAAGGUAGAGGAUUGUAUGCAAGAGCUGCAGAAAAGCAUAGCUGGAGACAGGAACUCAAUCAGGGCACAGAUGAAUCCGUCAGCCUUGAAGGAAUGGGAGGAAAUGGAACGUGCGAGGGCACAACCUGCUGAAGAAGCAAAACAAUCGGAAGAGCCUUGAAUGUUUGGAUUCGACAGUUAUUUUCGGCUUUAAUGAUAACACGCAGCUUUAUUUACG